UUUUGCAUGCAACUUCAGGGUCACUACAGUUCAUUUUCAUGACUGAUAUAUUGACUGGCAGCUUUGUGCGCGCAUCACGCGUGGAGAGGACUGCGGGGAAUGAGGAUGACGGCCAACGGCGACGCUUAUAAUUAAAGCGCCCACCGCUGCACGAAGUGGUACUGUAGACUUUAGUGAAGAGUAAGCCAGCAGGGAGCGGCCGCAGUUCAUUGUUGCAUCGAAGGCGACGGGGAAUGAGUCCAUUCUUGCAUGUCUUUGUGUUAAAGCGAAGAAUUGCGGUGCAUCUCCUGCAAAAAGCAGAGAAAACCGGUUAGAGGAGGUGAACAGGUUCAGGCCUUGACUGGAGGAGCUGAUGUGACGUAGCAGUCCACCGACACACACGCGCGCGCCGGCUGCUGCUGCCUGCCAGGAUCUCAGUUUAGGGAAAUGACCGCGAGUGACCUCAAGGGAAACACUGUAUUUUAGCGGCUGUUCGCAGUUUUGUUUUUACGGACAUUAUAGUAAAAUUUACGACACAAUUUAGCCACAUACUUUAGAUUAAAAUACGUUAUGUUUAGACGCUAGCUGGUCGCUAGACUGCCUCAUUACGUUGGAAGACGGGCUAGUAUUAGCUGGCUAAGCUAAAGUAGCCGGGAUAGACACUGCUAGCGGCUGGGGCUCUUACGUUUUGUUUCCCUCACAGAUGCUAAGCUACGUUAGGCUAGGGUAGCUGCUGCCAUGGAUAAAGCCAAGUCAAUGGUGGAUAAGAAAGGAGCUUCGGGACCCUUUCAUGUUAACAAUGGGCAGAGCCAGAAGGUUUUUCACAGUCAUGUCAUGGUGGCCACUAACGGCAGCUGUUGCAGCAGCAGCAGCAAUGCAUUCGGCUCAAGCACCGUACCCAGCGGCAGCGGCACAUUUGAAAACAUGCAUCAUCUGCACCGCGGGGAUGAUGCAGAGUGCAACGGGUCCCCGGCCAAGAGGUGCAGACUACGGAGGAGGACCGAGUCGGUGCGAAAACACAGACCCCCCUUCCCCUGGUUUGGUAUGGACAUUGGUGGGACUUUGGUCAAGUUGGUGUACUUUGAGCCAGUCGAUAUAACUGCAGAGGAAGAACAGGAGGAAGUGGAAAACCUCAAGUCAAUCCGCCGCUACCUCACCUCAAACGUUGCCUAUGGUAAAACAGGUGUCCGUGACGUUCACCUGGAGCUGAGGAAUCUGACCAUGUGCGGCAGGACAGGAAACCUGCACUUCAUUCGCUUCCCAACACAGGCCAUGCCCCGCUUUAUUCAGAUGGGACGGGAUAAGAACUUCUCUAGCUUGCACACAACACUCUGUGCCACUGGAGGCGGGGCUUACAAGUUUGAGAAUGAGUUCAGAAUGAUGGCUGACCUGGAGCUGCUUAAGCUGGACGAGCUAGACUGCUUGAUUCGUGGUCUGCUGUUUGUCGAUCGGGUAAGCUUCAACGGACACCCUGAGUGCUACUACUUCCAGAACCCAUCAGACACCCAGAGCUGUGUGAAGAAGCCCUGCACUUUGGACAACCCCUUUCCUAUGUUGCUGGUCAACAUUGGCUCAGGAGUCUCCAUACUGGCUGUGUACUCAGAGAACAACUACAAACGGGUGACUGGUACCAGUCUGGGAGGUGGUACAUUCCUGGGGCUUUGCUGUCUGCUCACUGGCUGUGAGACAUUUGAGGAGGCUUUGGAAAUGGCUAGCAAAGGUGACUCUACAAAUGUGGACAAACUUGUGAAAGAUAUCUAUGGGGGAGACUACGAGCGAUUUGGUCUACAGGGCUCUGCUGUAGCAUCCAGUUUUGGUCACAUGAUGAGCAAAGAGAAGCGAGACAGCAUCAGUAAGGAAGACCUGGCCAGAGCCACUCUGGUCACCAUCACUAAUAACAUAGGAUCCAUAGCACGCAUGUGUGCAGUCAACGAGAAAAUUGAGCGUGUGGUGUUUGUUGGGAACUUCCUCCGUAUCAACACAGUGUCCACCAAGCUGCUAGCUUAUGCCAUGGACUACUGGUCCAAAGGCCAACUAAGAGCUCUCUUCCUUGAACACGAGGGUUACUUUGGAGCUGUGGGAGCACUGAUGGAGCUGCUCAAGACAACAGAGGACCCCUGAAGGAAAUUCUGUCAGGACAACAUCAACUCUUGACAAGACGAUGUCACCUGCCCUUGAAGGCCGUGAUGUCUUAAUGCUGUGACAUCAUCAACUUUUGAAGCUGCUGAAAGGUCCCAUUCGUCGAGGCCACAAAAGGAACACUAAGAGAGAACACAGAAACUGAUAAAAGCCAUUUUUAAUAAUUUAACACCUGUAAAUAACAAUGACCUCUAAUAUUCAUCUCUUAAAUUUCCCAUCAUCCCCCAUCAUAGAGGUUUAAUAUUGUAAUCUUUUAUUUAUGGUUUCCGUUAAAUGGGUCUGCUGAUUCGUGUAAUCAGCCCUAUGUCAGGAAGCAGAGACACAAAGUAUUUUAGUGUAUUUUGUUAAUGUGUUUGUGUGAAUAGCUACUGUAGCAUUACAUCCUGGGGACAGUAGUGUGCCGGGAAACAAUUUGUGCAACAGUUCUUUAAAAUAGGAUAGCUUUGCAGAAGAGUUAACUGCUGAAUGAGGGAUUUGUACCACCAGCAACUCAAGGAAACAUCACCUUUGGGCAGCUGUGGUUGCCGGUUUGUUGCACAAAAAGUAGCCCAUUGCUCUACUGUUUCUGCAGAGUGCACUGAAGCCAAAACCUGUUGAGAUUCAUACUUUACCUGCCUCCUUCAGCUCCAACGGGAAGCAAAAAAACAAACAAACAAAAAACGAUUUUUAUUUUGCUCUACUGCAUAUGGCCUUUGCUUUUUGUUUGUCUCUCCUUUGUCUGCCUAUAUGUAAGCAAAACUAGCACCACCAGAUUGCCAUGCAUGCAUACUCAACCUGCUGAGUUUAGUGUUAGGUGACGGGACCAAGACGUUGUCUUCCAACAGAUUGCAGUGCAUCAUUGAUUUCUGUUCUGUUCUGUUCUGAUUGGCAUCGCCAGAACUACUGUUGAGGACCCAGUCUGACUCGGCGGCUUGUGUUUGUGAUGUAUGAAAUACUUGAUCUAAUCUUUAUAUUUAUUUCUGUUUUUCUUUAACUUCCCUGUUUUCUGUCAGUGUCAGGAAGAUGGAAGCUUCAUUCAUCCUUUUCUGGCUUUUCUGCCACGCUGAUGCCUUGUUUGGGGAUUUGUAGUGUGAGUUUAAUAAUGUUCAGACUCAGAAUCCCAACAUAAAAAAUAGUUAGCUGAUGAUGCAAAAGUAAAGUGUCAGUUUGGGGGAGUCAUCCCAACAUGUUAGACUGUUUACCAUUCUGGUGCCGACACUGUUGGUAGCUGUUUUAGGUUUGGUCCAUUAAUUGUAUUUUCCCCCAAACCCCAAUUACUCGUCUCUAAAAACAAGCACUUACAGAAUAUUAAGAGUUGUCCAACAUUCCCAAGAAUUUUAAACAGGUACUUUAUGCUUGCUAUGAAACAACCAUGAAAACAAAUUGUCUAAAUUGAAAUAAUUGGUGAGUAUUAGCCACAAAUAUGUGGUAGACUUUGAACAGAGAAUGGGCUUCAUAUGCUAUUACUGCCUGUUUGCACUGAUCUAAGUCUAUAUUGACACUAGCACUAUAAACAAGUCUAUUUUUAACACUUAGGAUCAGAGACUCAGACCCUUUGAACCGAGAGCCAGUCCAGAUUUCUGCACUGAGGUAACCGGGGCUAAAGUAACACACUUGUAUAUUUAUCAUAUACUUGAAAAUGGCACGUAGAGCUUUAAUAUGUAAUAAUUUAGCAUUGCCAUUUUUUAAAGGAAACAUAGCGUGAUCUGCGAUUAUUUGAGAAUGCUGAAAUUUAGUUAACAUGAGCGCAUGUUUGCAUGGUCACAGGAAAGGUUUGUGUUAUUUACUAAGCUUAGAAACAACAGUUGUAGAGAGUCCCACUACUAGUAAAUUUUCCAUUUGCUAUAAGAAUUGUCUAGUGUUUUUCGAGAAACAGACCACAAGUGUAUUACGCUGUUAUGUCCCACCCAUCUUCACUUCCUAGCCUGAACCUUUACAGCCUUUCUUUUUAUCAUAAAAGCAGCUGAGCUAUAAAGCUGGGCAAAGCAGGAAAUACUGUCCACUGUUUUAUAUUAGGCGUAACUGUCUACCUGCCUUUACUCUCCCGAAUAGGAACUAUGCUCUUUCCGCAAUCUCGAGUUAGUCGUCGCUUAAUUCGUUUAAUCAUUAGACUUUUUAUCAACACUCACACCUCCAGCUGUGUUCAGUAUUGCGGAUUUUCGUGAAAAUCUUACCUACAGUACCUGAAUAACACAGAAACUUAAAAUUACAAGGGUAAAAUCCUAAGGAUCUAGCUUAAUGUAGCCUACUAAAGUAUUCUGAACAUUUUAUUGACAAAUAUUGUCCCCACUUCACCAUCUAACAUACACACUGACUACACUUUGACCCUGACCCUUAAGCUGCUUUGCUGAUCUGUUUGUUUAACACAUAGGAGGGUAGGAUCAUAGACCACUUUUUGUGAAACGUUUAUUUUAAUCUGACACCCAUAGUGCAAUAACAUCUAUAAAGAUUUUCUUGUGAAUUGAAAAUGCAUCAUCGUUUCCCAUUUGGUGAUUGAACCGAAUCAAAAUAGAUAAUUGUACUUUUUUUUUGUGACAAAUGGUUUGGGUUAUCUGUCUCAUUGUAGUCCAGCCAGUGUGAUUCAUACUAAAAGUUUGUAUUCAAUUUCUGCUGAAAGGUUAACAGGCUUUAUAAGCUUUGUAAUGGCUUGAACAAUGUAAAUGCCAUCACUUAUGCAAGUGUUUUGAGUAACAGUGUAGUGAAAUAAUGGAGGCAUAAUAUUGUGAAGAGAGGUUUUGCAGUUGCUUCCUCAAAAAUGAUCAAUGUUUCCUGAUGUUUUCUUUUAGCUGUGAUGACACUGCAAACUGUGACACAAGCUAUGCUUUCUUCUCUGUGUGUUUUUCUUUUUCUGUUUUCCCCCCUUUGCCUUGUACCAACUGAUGUUUGGAUGUUAAUUAGUGACCUCAAUCUGUCAGGUGCCACUCUGCUUUAAAAUCAGGCUGGAGUUUGAUAACUUGUGCCACCACUUCAUUUAAUCUGAAAAAAGCAAAUCAUUUGCCUUUUAACAUGUGUUAGCCUGGUUGCACCGUGUUUGUGCCCUUCAGUUCCCUGCUACUUCACCUCAUUUUUACAAGUUUUAAGUUUUACACUUGCUUUUUUUUUCCUUUUCAUUAGUACUGUAACAGAAGAUUCAUUGCAGUUAAUACCCAUUCAGAGUCUGAAUAUCAAAGUGUCCACCUGCAGUCCCAAGUGGAUCUUGGUACAUAAACAACAUUAACCUUAUGCGCUAGCUUUGGUUUCCUUUGUUUUUUAUUUUAUUUUGGUAGAGGUUGUGACUGUCUUUUUUUUUUUUUUAAUCCUUAUUUUUUGUGGCCAGUAAGGAGUGAUAAUGUGAGUUGGCAUCUUUGUGUGUGUGUGAUUUCAAAAUGUCUAAAAUGCCUGUUUUAUUUUGUUUGUUUUGUUCUCUAUUGAUGUUUCCAUUGAUUUCAGUUGGCCCAACAGACCAGUGUAAUUUCUUCCAGCCGUCAUAAUCUGUCAAUGUGCAGAAAUCUGUGGGAAAGCGUUGAGUUUAUCUUAGCAAGUUUUUGAACACAUAUCACCACUGUCUGCAGAACAUUGUUUCGCAGCACAGGGGAACAUCUUUUUAUGGAAACCAGUGGUUGUAUCUUUUUACUUGGUGUUAGGGGAAGCAUUUUGAGAUGAUACAUAAUCACUGUAGAACAUAAAUGAUAUGUUGUUAAUGUUACUGUUCACCCCUAUAUCCCCACUAACAAUUGCAAGCUAUUACAUAAUUUUCAUACUCCAGAAAUUUGAAGCUGGUGUUAUAGACUGUUGUGGGAUUAUGGGAUUAUGGGAUUAUAUUGAGUUUAGAUACGUUUAGUAUUGUUGAAACUAACUGGUGUACUUGCAUACUGUUGUAGCUUCACUGUUUCUAAUGAGAACACUUGCUGGGUUUUAAAUUCUUCAGAUAAAAUGUUUAUGGAACUGCAUCAUGCUGUAGAUAAAAUGUGAAACAAGAAUUAAGUCCUUUUAAGGAAAUGAACUACUAAGUGGUGGGUUUUUCUGUUAUCAUAAGUGAUCAGUGUGGGUGUCUGUCUGCUUUCACAGCAGUCUGAAUUUAGAGUUUUCUGCUUGAACAUCACUAACACUUUUUUGGUGUUUUAUUUCCCAUAGGAAGGGACCAUCUGUAUUCAGACCAGUAUGUAUUUCUAUGUACUGUACAGAGUCUUGGCCUACAGCAGGGGUCCCCAAUUCCAAUCCACGAGGGCCGGUGUCCCUGCAGGUUUUAGAUCUCACCAUGGGUUAACACACGUGAAUCACAUGAUUAGUUCAUUACGAGGCCUCUGGAGAACUGAAGACAUGUUGAGAAGGUAAUUUAUCCAUUUAAAUCAGCUGUGAUGGAUCAAGGAGACAUCUAAAACCUGCAGGGACACUGGCCAUCGUGGACUGGGAUUGGGGACCCCUGGCUUACAGUGUCCACUGAACUGCAAAUCUUAUGUCAUCAUAGUGAAAUCUAACCAACAAGCUAUGCAGUAUCUCGUCUGUUGAUAUCUUUGUCCCCACGUCUCUUCUUUAAUACCUACCAGAGUUGAUUUGACUUGAUGUUACUCUAAAAGAUAUGCAACCCUGUUAGUUUUUCCUUCUGAGAAAUCCUGUUUGAAUCUUGACAGAGAGAGAGUUUCUCCUCCUGAAGUUUCUGUCCUGCUGAUUUAGUUAACACUAAUCAAGGUGGAUGCUCGUAAUCAGGAUGUUUCAGACCCAAUUAUGCAGCAGAAGAAGCUCUUUUUCUUUUCUUUUUUUUUCCAGAUGUGUCUGACAGUUAUUUUUGAAUGGUGCCAGAUGUUCUUCUAAUCUAGUCUAUCAUGUUGGAUGGAUGUUUGAGGGGGAAAAAGUAUUUGAAAUGUCCUGGAGCUCUGUAGUGUUAGUGAAACCUAAUAUUAAAUACAAGCCACUGUGAUGACAUGUUCCUCUGACCUUUUGCUUGUCUAAUAUCUUUCACACCAUUUUCCUAACAUUUCCUCAGAGGUUGUUAAUCUGGUCGAACAUCCUGGUACGAGAAGACAUCCAGCCUUUUAACUGUUUUCUGGAAUGCUUGACUGGCGGGGCAGAUAUUGUGUAUUUGAUUGUACAGAGAUUUUGUAAAUAUUAAUAUGAUAUAUUCUACACCAGCAAUCUGUCCGUUGAUAAAGUUGUUUUAACUGUUCAGAGCCAGGUUUCCCAAGCACGACUCACAAUCCCAAUGCAGACAGAAAAUGCAUCAAGACAAGACAGAGUUAUUACCUUUGCCAAUAAUUCUAUUGGGGCUGUAAUUUAAAACUGUUGGCUAAUUGUGCUGUGAUUGAUUAGAUUAACUAGAUACUAAGUUUUGUGACAUUAACAUGUAAUUGUGUUAAAUUUGCCAAUUGGAUAUAUAAUUAAUAUAUAUAUAUAUAUACAUUUUACAUUUAUUACCACUUGUUUGUAUACAUUUCCCCAUUGAAUUCAAAUCCAUUUUACUUCGUUACCAAGGUUAUUUCUUAAUCUAAGUUCAACUUAACAUUAGAUGGUGAUGAAAGAUGUAGUUGUUGAAUCAAAGCUUGUUUGGAUGCUCUUUGGUGGCCUCAGUGGGGGGGUUGCCUGUUUUCUGUCUGCUGGAUUUCAGUGCUGGUUGUUCACCUUGGCUCGCCUGCAUUUGGGAAGUUUUGGGAAUCCCAGUGCUGGUUGUCAGCAUCAGUUCUGCUGCUGCUUUUAACUCUGAUUUGGGGGGAAAAUGGUUUUUAAAAAAAGUCAGUUUAAAAAAAUGGCUCCCUGCCUUGUGCAAUGUGUAUGUACUGAAGUGAAGAGAUUUUUUUUUUCUAAAGAGAAAUAAAACUAAAACUGGAUGAAA